AUGGAUUAUCAUUACAUUGUGGAUCGCGAGAAUCAUAAAGAAUAUGUAUGGGAAGGUGGUCAGGGUGUCAGGGUUGCGCCAGAGAUUAUUUCUGUGGCCGAUAAAGACAUGAUACGAGAGAUUCUAAUAACAAUUGACUGCCCCAAGAGUGCCAUUUAUCAAGGCUUUGAACUCAAUGGCCAAGAAAACCUAUUCUCAACCCGCAACAAGGCUUUUUAUAAUAACCGACGCCGACUAGUCGCCCCAGCUUUUGGUCUGCAGCACCUUCGGUCUCUCGAACCCAUUAUACAUGAAUGUAUUAAUGUUCUUCUACGUAAAAUCGAUGAAAUCCUCGAUAAUCCGGAGGCUGUCAAGAGUGAAAAGGUUAAGGUGCUUCCACCCGGUCAAAUCAAUAUUUAUUCUUUUAUGAUACGACUUUCGUUUGACAUUACCGGAAAGACCGCAUUUGGCCAGUCCUUUGAGAUGGUUAAGAAUGAUGCUCACCCGGUUCCACACCAAAUGGCUAAGACACUUAAGCGAUGUUGUCAGCAAGCGUUCAACCCAUGGAUGAAAUAUGUGGUCCCAAUAGAUUUCUCUUUUGUAGAGUUUGUUACUGAUCGAGUCAAGCAGCGUAAGGCCAAUGGUGAGAAGGACCGGCGCACCGAUCUGUUGCAGUAUCUGACCGAUGCACAAGCUAGAGAGCGAGAGAAUGGCAAUGGUGAAACUGGCAACGAGUAUGAGGAUAUGAUUUCCGGGAAACUGACAGACAAGGCUGUCCAGACUGAAGCUUGUGUUUUCCUAAUCGCCGGGGCAGAAACCAUAUCCAUUGUAUUAAAUUUUACGCUCAUGUUUCUGGUCAAGAACCCUGACAAACUGAGCAAGCUGAAAGCAGAACUCGACUUCGCAGCAGCUAGCAAUCCUUGUAGCUCUUUACCAACCUAUGACCAGAUUCGUAACCUCCCGUACCUGACUGGGUGCAUCUACGAGACCCUACGACUCCGUACUCCUCCCGCUCAAGGUUUAGCACGGGAAGUCGCUGAGGAUACAGUCAUGAAUAAUUAUUUUUUCCCGAAGGGCACCACGCUACUCGUUCAACUGCGCCAACUUCAUAUGUCUGAUGAAUACUUUCCGCAGGUGAAUAAGUACAUUCCAGAGCGCUGGAUCCCUGGUGAGUCGCCCUUCCCACCUGUACAAGACUUUACAUAUUAUCCUUUCUCCGCAGGCUCCCGCAAUUGUGUUGGCAAGAACUUAGCAUUGAUGGAAUUGCGGCUGAUUCUGGCAGCACUGAUUCUUACCUACGAUAUCGAGCUAGUCCCUAAUCAACGUGAGGACUAUGUACACUACAUUACGCCAUCCCUAGCCACAGGGAAAUAUAUCAUCAAGAUGAAGAGGCGGCAAGAAGAGUAA